UUCCCGCCAAAUUCGAUCUUCUAUUCAUCGACCGGAGAUUUUUGAUUUCUCUUUUCUUCAGUAUUUUCAAGCGUUUAUGCUCUAUGAUUGUUCAGAUUCGCAUUUCUAAUUGAACACGGGAGAAGGCUGAAGAUCGGGACCGUAUUUGUUUCCGAGGAUUUCGAGGGUCUACGAUUUCCUUAGCCAUGGAAUUAGAGGUUACUUCUGAAGGUUCAUUAUGAAAUGCAAUGCUUGCUGGAGGGAACUUGAAGGGCGAGCUAUCUCCACAACUUGUGGUCACCUGUUGUGCAUAGAAGAUGCAAGCAAGAUCCUUACCAAUGAUGGAGCAUGCCCCAUUCGUGAUCAAGUUCUUUCUAAAAGCCUCAUGAAACCUGUGGAUAUCAAUCCAAACGAUGAAUGGGUCAAUGUGGUUGGCCGGUAUAUCUCCUCAGAUAUUGAUGAAAAGUGCAUAUAGAAGUGUAAUGUUCUAUAUUGGACAAAAGGAACUGGAGAUGCAGUACAAGAUGAACAGAAUCGUGGCUCAAUGCCGACAGAAAUGUGAGGUUAUACAAGAAAAGUUCACCGAGAAACUGGAGCAGGUGCAUGCUGCAUACCAAAAAAUGGCCAAAAGAUGCCAGAUGAUGGAGCGAGAAAUGGAGAAUUUAUCCAAAGACAAACAAGAGCUACAGGAGAAGUUUGCUGAUAACUCCAGACUGGCUGGUUUCCGCUCCUGAAACUCUAGGGCCAAGAGAAGAAAUAUGGCCGG